AUGUGUCAUUCCAUCGUCUGGUACUAUGCCCUAUGCCAGCACCAAGACCCGGCAGCAACUCGCCUGAUCAUGUGCCGCAGAGCCUUCAUAGUAGGCUACGAGUGUGCCGAAGCGCAAAACACAUUCUUUUUCUCGAUUAUAGGGAAUUGUGCACAAUGCAGGCUUAACCAGCUGCUGCUACGCCACUCUGUCUUUCGCGACUGGCGGAGAGAAGAUGUUCUGUCUGCGCUCAACGGUGCAUUCCAAUACAGCGACGAAGACGGCUGGAAUAUCGAUGACAGCGAUGCCGACGAAUUAGAUAUGGAAACUUGGAUUCCCCAGUCUCCCAGCUUGACUACUAGGACUUUCGCUGAGCGAGCUGAGAACCGGGAGACCAACGUAUCAUUCCACGAGGGUCCCGUACGCACGCCGACCAUAGUGUACCAGUCCUCGCCUCACUUGUCUUGUGUCGCUUUGGUUGAAUAUGCUGAUGACUACGCAGAUGAUGAAGAUGUUGAAGAUGAGCCUUUGCAGGAGCCUCAGCCCCAGACGAGCCGGCGCUGGCGCUCUUUGAUUCCUCGUCCUACUAGGUUGGUGCGCAACGAGCAGAAUGUUACAUAUAUGGCGUUCAGCACUGAUGACGAUAUGUUGGACACAGAGCCUUUCCUCGGCACUCCUAAACCGAAGAAGUAUCAUCGGACUUGGCGUUCCUGGAUUCCCCUUCCUGUUAAGAAGUUGUCGGAGCAAUAG